AUGUUUUAAAUAAGAUAAUAAAAGAACUAGUUUGAUUUUAAACAAAUUAUUUAUAAAAAAAUUUUAAAAUAGUCAAUAUCAAGAUUUCAUUUUGGCAUUUCAUAUGAAUAAAAGGCUUAUAUUUUAUAAAAAGACAAAGUAAUAUUUGAAAAGUUGGUUGAAGUUAUUGGUUAAAGGGAUAGCGAUAUUUCUGAAAGUUUGUGUUUAAGUCUGUUGAUCAUGCAGAAGUUUCUGUUUUGUGGAACUCAAAAUUCUCUAUUUUUUUUAAUUAUUUUCCAUUUCAAGUUUAAACAAUAGGGAGGUUAACUGAGUUAGUAUAUAAUCAAGUAUUCAAUUAGAUAGUUAUUUUUGGAAUUUACAGACAGAUUUAAACCUUUGUUUGAAGAAUUUCUUAAGUUGACUAAGUACAGUUUUGAAUCUUUAUGUCAGGAUGGCCGGAAGAAAUUUUUGAAUAUCAAGAUUAAAUAAAGGUGGAGACAGAGGAGAUCCUUAAGACACACCGUUUUGGCAAAAUAGAAUAUUUGA